CGCAUGUCAUGGUCUGCCACAGUUUUUAGUGGUACCCGAUGGAAACACAAACCCAUAAACCUCAUCGUCCAGCCCAGUCUGGUUCGAAGGCUGGAAAGAAAGGAGAGGGAAAACAAAAUACGGGUUUCAAUGAAAAGGCAUUUGCACCAAAAUCUGGGCGACGUGCCGAUCGUCAGGCCCGGAGGAACGUCGAGCGUGAUGAAGCUCGUCUUCAUGUUCCUCUUGUAAACCGAACACCUGAUGAUGAACCCCCACCAGUCAUCAUCGCAAUCGUCGGGCCUCCAGGCGUAGGCAAGACCACUCUGCUCAAAAGCCUCGUCAGGAGAUACGCGAAGCAGACAUUGUCCGAAGCCAAGGGUCCAAUCACUGUGGUCGCUGGAAAGAAGAGGAGACUAACAUUUAUCGAGUGUAAUAGCGACCUCAAUUCUAUGAUCGACAUCGGCAAGGUCGCAGAUCUUGUUCUCCUGAUGAUUGACGGCUCUUACGGCUUUGAAAUGGAGACGUUUGAAUUUCUUAACAUCCUCCAGGCCCAUGGUUUUCCAAAAGUCAUCGGCAUCCUUACUCAUCUCGACCUCAUUAAAAAGCAAGCUACCCUCAGGGCUACCAAAAAGCUACUCAAAAGACGCUUCUGGAAUGAGAUAUACCAAGGCGCAAAGCUUUUCUAUCUCUCUGGUGUUCUCAACGGUCGUUAUCCUGAUACCGAGAUCCUCAAUCUUUCCCGUUUCAUCAGCGUCAUGAAGUUCCGUCCCCUGAUCUUCAGGAAUACUCACCCAUACCUCCUUGCGGACAGAAUAGAAGACUUGACGCCGCGCGAGGAAAUAAGAACCUCAAAAGGUCGGUGUGAUCGCACUGUGACCCUAUAUGGUUACUUGCGAGGGACGAAUUUGCGGCAGAGCACCAAGGUACAUAUUCCUGGUGUAGGAGACAUGGAUAUCAAAACAGUGACGAAGCUCGGCGACCCAUGUCCCUUGCCAGAUGCGGAUUCUGAGAAACGAAGAAAGUUGAGCGAAAAGAAGAAACUUCUUGUGCACGCACCCAUGAGCGACGUUGGUGGUGUCAUGUACGACAAGGAUGCUGUGUGGAUUAAUAUCCCCGGUAACUUUACAAGAGGAGCCACCGAUGUUCCUCAUGGCGAGGGUGAGCGAAUGGUCAUUGACCUACAAGAUGUGGAUGAGACCCUUGAAGAGACGGUGGCCCGGAGCAACAUCCGCCUGUUUGGUUCUUCAUCAAACCCACUGACUAUUGAUGCCCGACAUCAUGCGUCAGAGGGCGACAGUGAGUUUGAGGAGGGAGAAGAGGUGUUCUCGGAAGAUGAGCAGGGCGAUGAAGGGAGUAGUGAAGAGGACGAGCAGCCUUGCACCGGCCCUUCAAAUACCGGUCGUCACGCAGCACGCACGAUCGUGCGUUCCACGCAUGGUUUCUCCAGCAAGGAGAAAGAGGGAGGAGAUGUCGUUUUUGCUGACUCUGACUCCGAACUUGGGUUGUCCGACGAUGAAGGCCGUGGCAGAGCAGGUGAAGUCAUGUAUGCUGACGGUGGAAAGGACAUUCUGAGCGAUGACGAGGAAGAGUUUGAUGAAGACAACGAGGAUGACGUACCAGCGUGGAAAUCUGGACUGGCUGCGAAAGCAAGCGCCGCAUUCGGGGAGCUCAACCGUCGGAGGCGGCGUAAAGACUGGGUUGCAAUGAUUUAUUCCAGUUCGCUCGGUCCGGAGCAGAUUGCCAAUGGCGCAGACACGACUGGGGUCAAACAGGACGAAAUAGAUGAUGACUUCUUCCGGGUGGAUAGCUCCGGUGCUGUGAACCAAGAUGAUUUGGACAUGACAAAAGAAGCGCUGUCUCCUGGUGCGCUGAGGGAGUGGGAAGAUGAGGAAGUUUUGGAUUCUCUAAGGGCGCUAUUCAUCACAGGGGAUCGUGACGGCGGUGAGGCAGACCAGGAAACGAAUACUCACGAAAAUCCGGAAGGUGGUGACUUCGUCGACCUGGAAGCUAGGAAAGCCCAGUCUGCUCCCACUGAAUUCGAGGGCAUUGACACCGGGACUCGUGCCCUUGUCGAGGGUUAUCGGCCUGGAACAUAUGUGCGCAUAGAACUGGCUUCAGUCCCUUGCGAAUUCAUUCAACACUUCGACUCACGCUACCCUAUCAUUGUCGGUGGACUGCUAGCUGCAGAGGAGCGCAUGGGAUACCUCCAAGUUCGCAUUAAGCGUCACCGCUGGUUUGCUCGCACAUUGAAGACGAAUGACCCGCUUAUCUUUUCCCUCGGCUGGAGGCGCUUCCAGAGUGUCCCCAUAUAUUCACUCGACGACCAUUCUAUCAGGAUGCGCAUGUUGAAAUAUACGCCAGAGCACAUGCAUUGCUACGCGUCGUUCUAUGGCCCAGUUGCGCUCCCGAACACAGGUUUUUGUGCAUUCAAUGCGCUCUCAGGGGAGACGGUUGCAUUCAGAGUGAGCGCGACUGGCGUGGUCCUGGACAUUGACCGGUCGACAAAAAUCGUGAAGAAGUUGAAGCUUACGGGUGUGCCAUUCAAGAUUUUCAAGAAUACAGCAUUCAUCAGGGAUAUGUUCACUAGCGCUCUGGAAGUGGCGAAGUUUGAAGGCGCGAGCAUCCGAACGGUGUCUGGCAUCAGGGGUCAGGUAAAGAAAGCGCUGAACAAGCCGGAGGGUGCCUUCCGUGCGACAUUUGAAGACAAAGUGCUGAUGAGCGAUAUCAUAUUUCUAAGAGCGUGGUAUUCGAUCCAGCCUCGCAGAUUUUACAACCCAGUCACAUCUCUCCUUCUGUCCGACAAGUCACGCUGGUCUGGCAUGCGCUUAACAGGUCAGAUUAGAAGAGAUGAAGGGCUGAAAACUCCACUGGCCGUCAACUCCACCUAUAAGCCGAUAGAACGCCCCGCCCGACGAUUCAACACGCUCAAAGUCCCGAAGAAGCUACAAGCUGCUCUUCCGUAUGCCUCAAAACCCAAACUUAUGAAGCCUCAGAGCAAGCAGACCUACAUGCAAAAGCGUGCUGUCGUACUAGAGCCUGAGGAGAAGAAAGCAAUUGCACUACUUCAGCAGAUUCGUGCGCUGCGCAAGGAUCAAGUAACACGGCGUCGUGAAAAGCAACAAGAGCGCAAGGAGACACAUCGCAAGAAGGUUCAAAAGGACGAGGCUAAGGACGCAGAAAAGGAGAGGGAGAAGAAGAAGGUGUAUAUGAGAGCUGCAGGGAUGAAAAGCAAGAGGGAAGCCGAUAUCGAGGAAGGGAAAUCGAGGAAACGGAGGAAAACUUGAGUCUGAGUAACAUGCAGUGCACAGUAUUAGUAGUUAUUGCUGGUAUUCCAUUAUUUGAGCUGUGACGUGACC